AUGUCCGCCUCACCUGAGCACCACGCUGGCUCGGCUGCUGCCUCUCCCGAGCCCGAGAAAGUGCCAACAACUGCCGGCGAUAACGAUGAUGCGCUUGAGACCCAUGACAAUGAUGACGAAGGAGGAAUCUCGGACGAUGAAUCCAUCUUGUCGGAGGUUGACGAGGCGCAGUUUGAGGACUUCAACCCUGAAACCGUUGAUGUUGACGAUCGCCCUCAGCUCGCUAUCGACGAGGAAAACCUGAAGCUCAUCGGCCGUCAUAAGCGCAAGCGCAGCGAGGAGGGCGAGGCUCGUUCCUCGCGCCGCAAGGAAGGCCGUCGUGAGAAGAAGAGCCGCCGUGCCCAGGAUGAUGGAGGUGAUGAGGGGUCGUCCCGUCGCAAGGAACGGAAGAAGAAAGAUGCUUCUCCUCCUACCGAUGAGGAAACUUUGGAUCCCGAGACUCGACGCCGCCGGGCCCUCGACCGUGCUAUGGACGAGGCCAUUCGAAAGCCCACCAAGAGACGUUCUCGUAAGCAGGAUGGAAUUGACCUCGAAGCCAUGGCCGAUGCCGAAAUCGAAGAUAUGCGGAAGCGCAUGACCCAUGCCGCACAAAUGGACGCCAUCAACCGCCAAGAGGGCAAGCCUGCCAUGCACAAGCUCAAGCUUCUUCCCGAAGUCAUCAUGCUUCUCAAUCGCAAUCAGUACAUCAACAGUCUAGUCGACCCCGAGAUCAACCUUCUUGAGGCCGUCCGCUUCUUCCUCGAGCCCCUAGACGACGGAUCCAUGCCCGCGUACAAUAUUCAGCGAGAUCUGUUGACCGCUCUUACCAAACUUCCGAUCCAGAAGGAUGCCCUGAUUGCGAGCGGCAUUGGUAAGGUCAUGGUUUUCUACACCAAGAGCAGACGCACCGAGCGACGUAUCAAGAAUAUGGCGGAGAAACUGCUGGCGGAGUGGACGCGACCAAUCCUCCAGCGCAACGACGACUACUCCAAGCGCGUCUACCAGCAGGUGGACUUUGAUCCCACUAAGGUGGUCAAGCGCACCCAGCUUCCCACCGAGGUUGUGGCCGCCGAGGCUCGUGCUCGUGCGAAGCUUCCUCCUCGUCUUGCCAAUCGCGCCCGCGUGGACCGCACCAAUGUGACCUACACCAUUGUGCCCCGACAGAUCGCUGUACAAGAGAGCAAGUUUGCGCGACCGUUGGGAAGUAGUGGUGAGGAUCGGUUCCGCAAAAUGCAAGCCCGCCACAGCGCGGCGCAAAAGGCGUCUCGUCGGUAA